GCAGAGGUAAACGCACUUGAGCUCCUAAUCCCCAUAUAUACCACAGCCGCCAGAGGGCCCCAAACCAAUUCUAGCAAUAUGUAUACUCAGCUUAUCCCGUUAACCUAAGAAGGUAUCUACCUACUUCACGCUCCCCUGCAACUCUUUCCCGUCGGCCCUGGUCAAGGCUGGCACCAACGCCAGGGCAGGAAAAUCGAUACGCCGAGAUGUUGAAAUGUACUCGGACCCGCGGACAUUAAGGUAGAUCGAGGAAGCCCAAUGAAAAGACUCGAUUCCCCUCUUCAGCCAAUCAGGCGUCACGCAACUCGAGUCAUGUCACAACGUGACUUAUGUAAUCCGACGGACCCGGGUACCUCACGGAAUUCUUCCGUCCCUCAUUCGACCUACUUACGUCUAUCGCCCACCGGCCGGCACACACCUAACCCUCGCAGCUUCACGACAACCACCGCGGCAACCCGAUCGGCAGAUCCGUCUUCCUUCGGCGUACACCACCACACUUCCACGCCCACGCCAAUUCCGCCAUGUAUCCCUCCAGGAUCCUCCGCGCGCACCCCGGCGAGAAGCCGAACGUGACCGGCUUCGACGUGCGGAAGUUCAUCGCGGCCGCCGGCCAGCCGCGCUACGACCCGUGGGAGCGAGCCGAGGCGUGGCGCUACCAGGGCCCGUUCACGCGCUGGAACCGGUUCCGGGGCGCCUUCCCGGGGCUCGGCAUCGCCACCGUCGCCUUCGCGCUCUACCUCGGCUACGAGCAGCUGUUCCUCAAGGACGCGCACCACCACGGCGACGGCGACGGCCACGCCCACGCCCAUGACGAGAAGCACCACUGAUCUGGAGGGGAGGGGAGGGGGGCUAGGAGGCGCCGGGCGAUCGAUCAUCUAGAUCUAUCGAGGGCGAGGGAAACUAGGGGGGAGAAGGAGAGGGGCGAGAAAAGCCGGACGCUGUUACGCAUGGCAGACGGCCCUGGUACAGGACUGUCUACCUGCCGCGAAGACGAGGACGUGCCCAGGGCAGGCAGAGGACGGAAGCUGUAUAUGUAUAGAAACGGCCGCCUAGCAGAAAGGGGAAUGAAAAAAAGCCAACACGAUCUGCCUCGUCGUGAUCGGAAGCGGCUCCCAUGCGGGGACCGGUGGAAGGCUGGGGACGGCGAUGGGGGGAGAUCCAGGCUCUCACCCCUCGUAAUGCGUAGACCACACAUUUCGAUACUCGCACUUCCAGCUUUCGUUGCCCCCAGAGUAUUCUUCUGCCAGGUGCCAUAUAUAUUAUAUAUAUAUAUAUAUAUUGCCUAGUACAUCAUAUACGUAUGCGGAUCCUGCCCUCCCGCUUUUCCCCUAACUUAUACUCC